UAGUGACUUUAGGGACGGUAAACCGAAAUGGUGCGGUAGUAAAAAGAUAAGGAAAUACUAUGGUUACGCGGAAAAAACCGGAAGCGGUGAUGCUAUAAAACACACGAAGCGAAGUAUGGUUUUGAAGAUAGAUAAAGUUUCUUGAUUAUUAAGACGCAUAAAAGGAUUUCCUAUCGGAAGUGUUAACGCCGGAAGUAACAAUUCAGGAAGUGACAUCGACAACAUUAUUUUGGCAAACCGAGUUCAUCGAAUGUCCCGAUUACAGAGAAAGAUAACGACAAGCUAGAAUGCUCCUACGAUGGCAAUGUGAAAAGCGUGAUAUCUUCAUAAACAAACAAAUUGAAAAAAGGAAACGGAAUUAAGUGUAGCAAGCAUUAUGAAUUCCACGACCAGCGAAGGAUUGAAUGAUACUCUUACAGACGGACAGCUUCCGAAUGUCAGUACGGCGAAUAUCAUUGGAUUCUCUCUGGCGUUUUUUAUCGUAGGUGUUACAGGUAUUGUUGGGAAUACGCUUGUGAUAUACGUCAUACUCGUCGACAAGAAGAUGAGACAGUCUAUGACGAACAUGCUCAUCAUCAAUCUUGCGAUAGCCGAUGGGAUUGUUAUGGUUUUCGGUAUACCGGAAAUAGUACAGUUCAUGCUGAACAGAGGCUGGAUACUUGGUGACUUUAUGUGCCGAUUGGAACGAACUUUACUGGUAGUCGGGCUGUACGUGUCAGUGAUGACCCUUGUAUCACUUUGUAUCGAAAGGUACAUUGCUAUCAUCUUCCCGAUAAAAGCCCACCUAAUGUGUACCCGGAGACACACACUUAUUGUUAUAGUGAUCAUUUGGACAUUGUCUAUCGGGUGUGGUAGUCCUACGUUACUGUUUAACCAGGUGAUAUCUAGUGAUCGUUACCAGGGCACCAUAAAGUUUUGUCAAAUCAUACUACCAGGCCACGGGAUGAGCAGUUAUUUCCUCUACAAAUACGUGGAAGCGGCGUUGUUUUACUUCCUCCCACUCAUCAUCCAGGUGAUUUGCUACAUCGUGAUCGGGAAAACCUUGUUUAUGGGAGUUGAGGAGCUUCAUGGUAAUGGACGUCAGAACGUUGACCAAAAGCGUUUGUCGGACGCUCUCAAACGUAGGAGAGCUGUGGUUAAGAUGCUUAUCGCCAGUGUGCUCAUUUAUUUUCUGAGUUAUUCGCCACACCAGAUUCUCCUGGUGUACAACACCUUCUGGCGCUCAUCCUUCCAGGACACGUGGGUAUAUCUAGUUUUCGUCACUAUUCUAGCCUACGUAAACUCCGCUGCCAAUCCAAUCCUCUAUUGUAUCUUCAGUCAGAACUUCCGGCGACACUUCGCCGAGUUGCUACUUUGUUGUUUUAGAUCAAAAUAUGAUGUAUCUAAUGGUAAAAAUAAUGUCCUUACACUAAACUCAGAAUAUACUAUACUGUUGAAGAGGAACACAAAUACUAGUAAGAAUCAGUACGGCGUCAGUGAUGUUUAAACGAGGAAUAUGAAUUUAUCACUGAGAUGAGUACGUUGAGGACGUAAAGUGCCCCGGGUUGUCUGGACAGAAGAUAUCCUAAAACGAAACUUAGACUGGAUAUAACAACUUCUAUUAACAAACUACUCUUUCAAUUCAAUUUGUUAGAUUCGAAUAUAUUUUGAUUUCUAAUCCAAUAGUUUAUAUUCAAAGUAUAACCCAAAGUAUCAACACCGUUUGUGACGUUAUAAUGAACAUCUAGAUCUUAAGUUACGACGUCGUGUUGAAGAAAUGACAUGAGAAAAUGACAUUAGAGUGGCCAUAGGAAUUUUGUAAAUACAUGUACAUAAGUCCAUGCUGUUGUAAUAAAAACUGUCUUUGGUGCGUUAUA